AUGAAGCUUUCCAUCCAGUUUUACGUGUUUUUGAUCCAAAUUUCAUCUUCGUCAGUGAUUUCCCCCAAGUGUAAGCCUACAACGCAAAGACCACAUAUUUUUGACCUCAACGAGAGUGUAGUCCAAACAGAAACACCUCAGCAAGCAGUUGACCAUGACCGAAACUUCGUCAAACAUGGGGUCUAUCCAUCAGGCCUACACAUGGAAGAUCAAUUCCACUCAUCAUCAACUGAAAAACCAUCAAGUAGAAUUAUCGAAAAGAUGAGUCCUGAGCGCCUCACGGCUCCAUCGACGCUGACUGCCACAACAGUAGUUGACAAAAACAUACAUUCCAAGUCCAGGAAAAGGAUAUAUGAAAAAGUCUUCGGAGGCUUUGAAGAUGGAUCCACUCCAUCAUCAUCAUCAACUGGAACGGAUGAAAGUGAAUCUGAUCAAACGAGAACCCCAGAAAACUCUUUAGAUUCAAGGUCUUCGAGUCCUGAACCACCAAUUCAAAAGAUUCAUAACAGUCUCAGAAGUUCCAUCUCAAGAAAGAGAAUUAAACACCCAGGCCAUCUUGAAGAUCAAUCCCGUCUAUCAUUGUUAAUACCACAUCCUCGCAUCAAAGUCAACAACAAUGGCAACCCACCACAGGCCAGAGAUAUCAGAGAUUCAAGACUGCUGAUGGAUGAUCACGCGGCUCGAUUUGAUGGUAACAGAGAUCUCAGUCUCAGAAUUGGAAUUGAUCAACCUAACACUGAAGAGAGAUCCUUGCCCUCCUUGUCAUCUCAACAUCACCAAAUUCAAGGUGAUAGGAACAGUAUCUCUCAGGCCCCACACCCCUUAGAGACAGAGGGGUCAAUGAAUGAAGAAGUAAUCCAGAGGCCUGAUAACACACCAAGUGCUCUGAAUAUGCCUGAAAAGAUGGCAAGAGAAGUCAAUGAAAAAGAGGUUAUGAGUGUGUUAUUACAUACUGGAUCCGCUGCCAGUUUUAUCAAAGAGGGACUUGUACAAAAAAUUGAAGCUUAUUUCGAUCAUCACAAGACCUACUCUAUACACAGAAAUUCACCCAACAAUUUGAUUCCAUACAACCCAGAAGAAAAAGAAUCUGGAUUGAUGAAAGUACAGUAUGAUGUUGUUGAUGGGUUUUUUGGGGGAUUGUUUUCUAUCUUUGCAGGACAUCAGAACAUACCUCAAUAUAGUGACUUGAUUGAUGAUGGUUGGACUUUCCUUGGAAGCUACUUGACACAGGCAAUUUUCUAUCUUCCUGGUCUAUCUCGUGAAACAAUAUCUAGAGGAGACAGCCUGUGGGAAGAUCAAUGGUCUGAACAAAGACAUCUAUUUGAAUAUAUAUUGGCCCUCAAGAAGGAUGAGAAUAUCUCACCUCACUUGAUUUUGAACCUGUUGAAAGAUUGGGAGAAAGAGACCAUUUACAAACCAAGGAUAUAUGGUGUUGUUAUAAAUUAUGAUAAAUUGCUUGAAGGUUGUGUAUCAUUAAAGAAAAAUAGAGGGAAUUCAAUCUGGAAGUCAAGACCUGGUGUUCAAAAAGACACUACAAACAUUAACCAAAAUGCUCAACAAAAUCAAAUGGAAUCAAGUCAAAAAAUUCAUGAAUAUACAAUGAGAUCAACACAAAAAUUUCAAAGCAACUUCACACCAACCCAGGAUCUUCAACAAAGUCAUAUGGUGCCAACCCAAUUUAUUCCAAAGAAUUUCAUGCCACCAAGCCACAUUCCUUUGCAGGACCGUAUGAGAUCAAUGACAGACACUCUACAAGGCAAUCAGCUAUCCACUCAUGUUUCAUCAGAUUAUCUGACAUUGAAACAUGGAUCUUUGCAAAGUAAUCUGAGAACAAGCCAUGAUUCUCCACAGGAGAAUGUAGGAUCAUCUCAUAACAUCAAUCAAGAUCAUACCUCACAAACCUCAAAUUUUCAACAAAAUACAUUUUCAUUCAACAGAAAAACUCCAGAGAAUCAUGUUCAAUCAAACCAAAAAACCUUGAAGAAGUCAGAUGAUUCCUCGACUUAUAGCAAGAAGCAAGCAGGAUGGAUCAAAUGUCAAGAUUGGACGUUUUAUGACCAGAACUGCCAUUUCACCAAUGAAGUCAAACUAUUCUUUGAUGGUCUUAUAAAAAAGGUCACUUGGCCACCAAAGGUACCUGAAGGAGCCACAUCAAUCUCCAUUGCAAGACUGAUCUACAGGGAAAAAAUGCUUUUCAAUGCCAUUGAAACUGCAGGGAAUCAAAUAACCACAUCAUUUGUGGCAGCUUUGUUCCUCAUACAUCAAACACAUGGAAUUCAACACCCAUGGGAUCACAUCUUGAGAAGUGGUUGGGGGUUCAUUAAGCAAUACUUUUCAAAAUGGGGGCCAUGGUUAGAAAAAUAUUCAACAAGUCAUACUUUACAAAUCCUACCAAUAGCAAUGAAUUCCUUAGAGAUCUCUGAUACUGAGAAAAUCAUAAGAUACCUAGCAUAUCAUAACCAGAGAAAUAAUAGUCCAAUAUUUAUUGUGUGGGAUAUAUUGUCAGAGUGGUACAAGACUGAAGAAAUAUUCUCAAAAUUUGGAAUAAUGGUAUCAAAUAUAGAGUCUAUAAAGAAAGUUCACUUUCAAGGUUGUCCUGUUUCAGAGACUGGCCAAGGAUUUGAUGGAUUGGUUCAAAGGGGUAGACAUGAAGUCAAAAGAUCUAGAAAAAGAAAAUCUCCUAUGUUGGUUGAUCAAGAAGAUUGUACAAACUUGCACCCAUUUCAACUUCUAGCAAAGGUCAACUCUGCAAGAUUGUCAAUAUCGCCUGAAUUUGUAGGGUUUUUGAAUGCAAUUGGGAACAAAGAAUUCCAAGAUCAGGAGCAUUUUUACAAUGAAUAUGUUAAGGAGUUUAAAGACCUGCGAGUAGAAAUCUUAAAGGUUGCCUCUGAAAAUUAUCAUGGAAUACAUUCAAUUGAUCAAAGAUCAAGUCCCAGUCAAGGUUUUUCUGAAAACAUAGAUGUCAUAAAGACUGCAGUCAGUAAUGUAAAUUUGAAGAUUGGACCAGCUUUCAUUGGAGCUUUGAAUAUCUUAUACAAACACUAUCACAGUGAAGAUGAUUGGAAUUACAUAUUACAAAGUGGUUUAAAAUUCCUACAAACAUAUGUUGGUCAAUGGAAAGAUUUUUUGGAAAGCAAUAAGUCUCCUUUGUGUUUUUCUGAUCAAGAACAGUCAGUCUUACAGAUUGAUUGGUCCAAUAUGGCAGAUGUAUUAAAUUAUAUGGGUAAACAUAAAUCCACAGAUUUCAUGCCCAUACAUCCCUUGAAGUUUCUUAUUGAGCUUUGGUAUCUAAGCUUCCAGAGUGAAGGAUCAGGCAGUAUUCAUUCUGCUUACAAGAUCACAUCACCCAACUUAAGUAUUAUAGAAGAAUUCUAUCUUACUCAUCUAUCCAAAAUCAAGAAGUCAGGAUUUGUGAACCUCUGGAAUAUUGAAAAUGAAGUAGGAUGGUUUUCCAGAAAGAACAUGAUGAUGAGAGUCAUUCUCAUCAAACAAGAAAGGAUUCUUGGUUCAAUCAAUGGAGAGGAAGGAGCCUUAAGGGAAGAUGUCACUGGAGGGUAA